AUGGCAUCUUCCACGAUCCUCAUCUUCGGCGCAACCGGCCCAGCAGGCAUUUGUUUGCUGCGCGAGAGCCUCUUCCGAAAACACGCCACGGUCGCCUACGUAGUAGAAGGCCAGAUGGACGAUGCGGAAAAGCUUAGUCUCGUCGUUUCAAGGGCCGCAGUCAUCAUUUCCCUUCUAGGACCAUCCGGAAGGACCACAGGGGAGUAUCCAUACCCGGGCUAUUACUCGACCAUCAUCCCGUUAGUGCGCCAGCACUCGGUCAAGCGCAUCCUUGUCUUGGCCACUGUGUCCGUCGAGGACAGCGAUGACAAGUCCUCCUUCGUGCGUCGCGCCUUGGUGACAGGCGUCAAGUACGGGUUCGCGGCAGCCUAUCGCACCAACGUGGCCAUAGCAAACGUAUUCCGGGAGACUGCCGAGGGUGUCAACUGGAUAGUCUUCCGCGUCGGCAUGGUUCACGGCGAGCAUGACAAGGAGAGCUGGCGGAAUGACAGGCAGGGUGCUGUCUUCGCAGGAUCGGUCGGCGAGCCUGGCUGGACAUGGAACAUCAAGAGGGGCGCUUUGGCGAGGUGGCUCAUUGAUCGUGCUGAGGUUCCGAACGAAACGCUGGCUAGUCGGACGCCUGCCGUGAGUAAUCUCAAGGCAUAG